AUGCUGUCCGGGCAAAGAUCCGACGACUUGGGGAAUCCACUGAAUGGCCAAAAUGACUUGGAGCUCAUCCCAGGGGCGCUGGGCAGAUCCGGAAAGGAGUGGUGUCCAGAUGAUAAAUGUGACCCUGGUUUCAGCCUUGUGCAAUUCCGGAGGAAGUUCUUCACAGAGGAUGCCUCAGACAUCGUGCUCCCAGUCAAGGCCUCCAAGAUUGGCAUCAUCUUCUCUUUCGCCAAGUCAGACCCCUUCGAGACCUACCUGGAGCAGCACUUUCCCACCUCCACGGGAUACAUUGACAUCGCCUGGAACCUGGUCUGCGAUCCUGGUUUUUUCUUUGACAUCACGGUCACGGACUGCAAGCCAUGUGAGAGAGGCUUUUUCCGACCAGCCAAUACCUCCGUCUUCACAUGUCUACGGGCGCCGCCUGGAACCUUCCAGAGGCUCGGCUUGACCCGCUGCUUCUGUCUGGGCAACACUGUGCAGUGGCUGCAGUGCUCAAGGCUUCCCAAAACUGGGCGCCUUGUACUUAUGAACGGGGAAUUGCAAGUUAUGUUCAAUGCUUUGAGGCAUGCGCUCUUCAGGUGUUCUUUUCGACAGAGUCGUGCGGCUGCCGUUUUGUGGGCGUGCCUUUGA